ACAACAUGAAGUCCUUCAUCGCAAUCGCAGCUUUGCUCGUCGUCGCAGCAGCGGCUCCCCGGGAGAGGCGCGACGUGUACGGCCACGGAUACGGUGGAUACGGUGGCCAUGGGGCGUACUAUGGUGGAUACCACGGGGUCGCCCUGGCCGGUCCAGCUCUGGGCCAUGCCAGUCUCGCAGGACCCCACGUAGGAGCGGCCGGACUCGCCGGACCGGCUACCGGGCCGGCCCAUCUUUCCGGGGCCGUAGCCGGACCCGUUCACGUUUCCGGCGCCGUUGCCGGUCCCGCCGUCGUGACCGCUUCCGUCGCCGGUCCCGCUCACGUCGAAGGAUACGACGGCCAUGACGGUGGAUACGGAGGCGCCUACUACGGUGGAUACUAUGGCGGCCCUGCGUACUACGGUGGAUACGGUGGACCCGGAGCCCAUGGACUGGUCGCCGCUGGAUAUGGCUAUGGUGGCCAUGGAGGACACGGAGUGGUCCUCGCCGGUCCCGAAUCUCACGGAGCCGUUGUCGCUGGACCGCACUCCGGCAGUGCCGCAGUUUCCGGCCCUCACUCUGGAUCCGCCGUGAUCGCCGGACCCUCCGGCAAGAUCACCACGCACGGUGCCGGAUACGGCGCGGCCAUCCAUGCCGGCCACGGCCACUGGUAAAUGGUCUAAACCGACUCGAAGGAAACGACGCCAUUACCUCCAAGCGACACUGCCAAAUUGAGCGAAGAGCUGCCAAAAUCGGCGACGACUCCCCUCCUCGCACC